CCGGAUCAUCAGCAGGGUGUCCCGACAUUCGCAUCGUGACAGUGUACCCGAGCCGGAUAACGCUCGCGCUCCGACGGACUCGCACACGAACACGGUAAAAACAAGCGGAUAGAGAUAGUUCGGGAGAAGAGAAUAAUCGUAAAAAAGGGGACGGUACUCCGACGAGUCCUCGAGUCGCGGAACAAGGGUGUCUCCCGGUCUCUCGAAGCUCGCGCCUAACUCGGAUUACUUUGAAGCACAUUUUCAAUGGGGCAUGGAGCAGUUCGAGCAGCUGCUAACCUGCGCGAUCUGCCUGGAUCGAUACAGAAAUCCGAAGCUCUUACCAUGCCAGCACAGCUUUUGUAUGGAGCCGUGCAUGGACGGCCUCGUCGAUUACGUUCGUCGACAGGUCAAGUGUCCGGAAUGUCGCGCCGAACAUCGUAUACCGUACCAAGGCGUGCAGGCCUUCCCGACCAACGUGACUCUGCAACGCUUCCUGGAGCUGCAUAUCGAAAUCACGGGCGAGCUGCCGGACCCGACCAGCGGCCAGACGAUGGAACGCUGCGGCGUCUGUUCCGAGAAGAGCUACUGCGCCCUAUGCGUACACUGCGAGAAGAAAUGCUGUCCCGAGUGCAAGGACGCGCACAUGGACAUCCUGAGGCGCGAAAUCACGCGCAUCAAUUCCCAGGUGCGCCGGGGUCUGCAUAGGCUGCAAGACGCGUUGGCCCUAGUGGAGAAAAACACAUUGGGUCUGCAAACAAACUGCGCCUCGGUCGCCGAAGAGGUGGACGAGAUUUAUCGGAGGCUGAGCAAGGCUCUGAAAGACCGCACGGAACAUCUGCGUAACGAGGUCGAUCGAUACCUCGGUGCCGAGCUCAGAGGCCUGAUUCAGCUCAAAGAGAAUCUCGAAUUGGAAAUCGCGAAUAUCCAGAGCAACUGCGAUCUGGCGGAGGCGCACAUAAACGAAAACGUACCGUGGGACGACGCCGAGCUGCUGGACACAAAGGAACUCUUCCUACGUACCGUGGAAUUUAUCAGGAACUUCGAGUACGAGGCGGGGGAUUACAGCCGGCGUGUCCGCUUCGUGAUGGCGCACGAUCCGAAUCAGCUUGUUCUACACGUGGCGGGUUAUGGCGAAUUGAACAUUAAACCCGAGAGCGGGAGCGGCGGAUUGCUCGGCAGCUCCAGCUGUUUAGCCCCACCUGGGGGUUCGCCCGGCCUUAUGAGGAGCAAGAGCGAUCACCGUCUUGCCUCGCAGUACAGACAGCAAGAAGAGGAACGGCUGGCCAGGAAUCGAUACGUGCCUGAAUACGAGUACGAUGCGCCCGAGUACGAAGUGCCCAGGAACAAAUCCCGAUAUAGGAGCCGAUUCAUGCGUCACCGCGACGGAGACGAUUCCGACGGCGACUCCCGGUCAACGGUGAGGUUCACGUCGUCGCGGGAGGAACCGUCGGCUUUGCGGGAGCGCGUCCUGGACACGGAGGACGCCGCGCGCGGGCCCCUUUCCGGCAUCUUUCGCCUCACGGACUCACCGCGGGUCAUGAAGAAGCUUCAAGAGUGUGAGCGUGCCGGCAAGAGGAAGAAGGAGGAACCGGCGAGCCAGCAAACGGUGGUACAGCAGCCCCAACCGCCCAAGCCUCAGGUGCAAGUGAGAAAGGUACCGAGCGCGAUGGCGAGACAAACCAGCGAGGACGACGAGAUCUCGAGGAUCAAGAAGCAGAACAAGAACGCCGCGGCGGCCACCCACACCGACACGGUGGAGGAGAGACAGCCGACGGCGCCUGCUCCUCCGGUUCAUCCGCCACCGAGGGAACUCCCGGAGCGGGAGGUCGAGGAACCGGUCAGGCGGCCGGCUAUCGCCAGGAGAACUUCGGCGGAAACUCAUGCUCCCCCCGCGGCCAGGAGCGCCUCGUCGGACUCGAGCACCGGCUCCGAGAGUUCGACCGGAUCGGGCAUCCGCAACACGGGCGCGCCCUUUACGGCCGAGGAGAUGAAGCAGAAGUACCUGUCGAGGGCGCCGCCGACCAACACUACCACCACCCUGUCGACCGGGCCGUCUGUCACCUCCACGACCGGCAGGGAGUCGAACAUCAGCGCGGCGACGACCAGGCCGUUUCAGAGUCGUUUUUUAGGCGCAGGUAAUCGUGCGGCCCCACCACCACCAAUCCAAACGCCACGAGAAGAGCCGGCCCCGAAGAAGAAGGAGGAAGAGGAGGACGAUGACGAAGAGACGAGCAGCUCGUCCGAGGAGACGGAGUCGGAUACCGAGGAGUCGGAAACGGACGUUCAUCCGCCCAACGCUGUUCCGUCCUCAACCUCCAGCGUUCCACAGGAUCGUCAGAGGAAUGAAUCCGCCAUGGCCCGCACUGACAUAGGACCUCUGCUCGCUCGUAGCGCCGAGGCUAGGAGGGGAAGUAAAGAGGAUUCGCCUUCCACCAGGUAUUCGUCGCCGAGGGGGAGCCCCGCGCAUUCCGUGACGAGCCCGACGAUGACGACGAUGACGAGUCCGGGCGGCGGCGGCGGCGGCGGCAUUGGCGGCGGCGUUGGCGUGGGCGUCGCGACGUCGACGGCCACGCCGGGCGGCUACACCAGCAGGACGUUUAGUGACGGUACCGACGUAAGAUCGGCCGGUCGCGUCGAGGACGAUAUAGUAAUCGCGGCUACUACUACUACUACCACUACUAUUACUGCUACUACUACCACUACCACUACUACCACUACAAUCGCGGAUUACGCUUUUAACGCCGACUACGGGGACGCACUGAGGCAGGUUAUACCGCCACCGACGAACACUACCCCGCAAACGGACGGUAUUACGGACACCGACAACAAAUCGACCACCUCAUCCUCCUCCCACCUCGCGAUUAGCCCCGAAAGUCUCAUGGAGGGUAGCCGCGGUAGUCGGGUUGCGAGCGUGGCCGAAGACGACGCGUUAGUGGACGGUCGUUCGGGGAACGAUGAGGUCUCAUUGGUGAGCGGUCGCGACCGGCAUGAAAGCGUCGCGACCGACGACGACUCCGCGACGAGGACGCGCGACACCGUCAUGCCCGAGAAGCGUGAAUCCGAGGACACGCCUGUUCGGGCGCCGCUCGAGGAUGAUGUGAGAAAUGCGAGUGUCGUCGAGCGGUCCGCGUCGGAUCUCUCGAGUCUGUCCGCCGAGACGAUCGACCAGAGCAGAGGCCGAUCCAAGUCCAAGGACUCCCGAGGCGUGUCCGAGAGCUCGAGCUCCGUCAGCGGGCGAACAAUGUCCGACAGCGAGUCGGAGAGCGAUUCCGAGAGCGACUCGGAGGACGAGGAAGUGGAAGAGGACGACGAGUCUCGGGACGAGAAUUGCAACUUGAAGAAAGAGAAGAAGGAGGAGCGCGGGGAUUCGGACGACGCGAGCGAUACGGAGAGCGAAGACUCCUCGAGCUCCUCCGACACCGACGGGGAGGCCACAGUGUUGAGCGUCAGCUCCAACACCCGCGCCGACAGCAGUCUAACGCAAUCGGACGACGUGCGCUACGAGAGGGACCUGAAGCGCCGCAGCGCCUCGAUAAUCGACGAGAGGAGUAUCGAGGAGAUGUUCGACGACAAUGGCUGGGUGAUCACCGAGCAGGAUCUGCAGGCCGACGUGCGAACGGUGUCGGGCUUCGGAUCCGCGAGCGAUCCCAUCGAUCGGCCGGCCGAUCAACGACAGACUGAAGACACCGCCGGCGACGAGCCCAGCGAUGCAGCUGGGACUCGUCCGGAGGACGAACUCAUUCCUAAAAUCGCUGAGAGCGGUCUCGACGUCAAGAUCGCUCCCUCGAGCGAACAACGAGCACCCGAGGAGACACUUCUGCCGAGGAGCCGCGUAUACAGGCAAAGCAGCCUCGGCAAGAACGGCUGGCUGGUGUCCGACGAAUCCGAGAGCGAGUCUGACCGUGCGACCUCGCCGACUGAAGCCCCCUCCGAUGUCGUCGACGCUAAGAUCGGAGGUGUCGCGGGGCCGAUUGAGGGCGAAGUGGUUCGAGAAACCGGAGGGGGCAACAUCGAUGACAACGGGUGGGUGAUUCUCGAAGGUGGAAACGACGAAGACGACGAGGAUGACGAUGAGGACGACGACGUAGUCGGCGAAGACGCGGGGGACCGCAGCGCGGAGAGCACUACGAGCGCGACUCGUUCCCAAACGACCGACCUCGUAACGAAAAGUAACAUCGAGAACGGCGCGUUACUCGCGAACGCUACCCAGUCGAAGGGCACUGAGUCGCCCGGCGAGCACGAGGGAACGCCCGGUACCAAUAUCAGUAUACCGAUGCAAAUGGAUGCCUCACGAAUCUGUGGUGAAAAGUGCGACGCAUCGGUGGACGCCGAUGGUUGCACUCGCCCAUGGAGCUGGGAUCGAAUUAGAUCGAUGGCCGUUUCGUUCCUCAACAAGAGCAGGAGUCAGGCGGCGAUGAUGGCGUCCCGCGAGCGGGAGCGUGAACGAGACCGCGAACGGGAACGCGAGAGAGACGCGGAGGUGGACAUGGACUCGCCGUUGUCGACGAGAUCGCGCUACGCCGCGCUGAAGGAGCGCCGGCAGCGUCUGGCGCGUUCCCGGAGCUCGCACAACUUCGGCGGCGACGACCUCGACCUCGACGAGGAGCCGCCGUCGCCGACCACCCAGUCGCCGAACGCCUACCUGGCGGCCAAGUACGGUGCAGGCUCCGAGCUGGCACGCAGCCGCAGCACCCACGCGCUGAAGUCGCGCGAACCGAGCCCGGAACGCGAUCGUCCGGGUACCGAAAAGGACGGCGCGGCCUUGAGCUCGUGGGCGAGGUACCUGAAGAACAAAUACGGCAACCGCACCACCAAGGACAAAGAACCGCCCUCCUCGUCCUCCACGAUACCCUCGUCCAGCACCAGCUCGGCCUCAAGGAGGCUGUCGUUGGGCUUACCUCUCAGGCAUACCGGCCAAACGUCCUUCGAAUCUUCUGAUGACGACCAAAAAAACCCGUCAGGCUCCCCCACGUCCCCUACAGCAGCUCCCGUUAUACCCGCGGCAGCAGGUUCCUCCACUAGCAAUGGUCGGAGGAGUCAUUACCUGCUGAAGCGGCGGCAGCUGUUUAAGUUCGGGAUGCGGGGGAGCGAAGCCGGAUGCUUUACUUGGCCGAGAGGCCUCGCGGUCGGCCCGGACAACUCCAUCGUCGUAGCCGACAGUUCGAAUCAUCGUGUUCAAGUAUUCGACGGUAAUGGGAACUUCAUGAAGGAGUUCGGAACGUACGGGAGCGGUGAGGGUGAAUUCGACUGCCUCGCCGGGGUGGCCGUAAACCGGAUCGGCCAGUACAUCAUCGCGGACCGUUACAACCACAGGAUCCAGGUGCUCGACCCGUCCGGUCGUUUCCUCAGGGCUUUCGGCUCGCAGGGCACCGCCGACGGUCGCUUCAAUUAUCCCUGGGGCAUCACCACCGACGCCCUCGGUUUUAUCUACGUGUGCGACAAGGAGAACCAUCGCGUACAGGUAUUUCAAUCGGACGGCACGUUCGUGGGCAAGUUCGGCUCCUGCGGUAGCGGACGCGGCCAAUUAGAGCACCCGCAUUACAUCGCGGUGAGCAACACGAACCGGGUGAUCGUCAGCGACGGCAACAACCACCGCGUGCAGAUAUUCGACGUGAACGGCCGCGUGCUGACCUCUUUCGGCUCGGAGGGCUCGGAGGACGGCCAGUUCAAGUUCCCGCGGGGCGUUGCUGUGGACGACCAAGGCUACAUCGUCGUCGCCGACUCCGGUAACAACCGCAUACAGAUCUUCAGCCCGGAGGGCGCCUUCCUCAAGUCCUUCGGCUGUUGGGGCAGCGGCGACGGCGAGUUCAAGGGUCUCGAGGGCGUCGCCGUCACCUCCACCGGCAACAUCGUCGUCUGCGACCGCGAGAAUCACCGGGUCCAAGUAUUCUGAGCUCGUCGUUCGCAUUCUCGCGCGCGAUGUGUAUUAUGAUCAGUCACGAAAAAGGUUGUAACACUUUUUCUUCUUUAUAAGUUUCGGAACGCAUCCCGUGCCCAAACGGGGAAAUUUGUUUUUCUCAGGAGAUACAUUUUCCUAUUGGAUACACGGGGAAGAUAUUGUAGUAAAAAUUACCACAAAAUUUUAUAAUACUGGACCUUGGAAUUAUGAAUGAAAUUGUGAUAUUUGUUGUGAUCUUUAGUGAUAUGUCCAAUGAAAGACAUCACUAAAGAUUACAGCACACAUCAUAAUUUCAGUUAUAAUCUAGCAAGUAUAGUUGAACAUUAUAAGAUUUUGCGAUAAUUUUCAUUACAAUAUUUUCUUCGUAUACGAGAUGCGCUGUGAAAUUCAUGUUAGAAGAAAAGUGUUGCAACCUUCUUAUGAUUGGCCAUGUGCGAUCGGAGCGACCGCGAAACGGACGCUCGCGUUUAUUAAUUGAAUGUUAAUGACUGCGUUUAUGCAACAAUGCUAAUCCGGUUUAAGGUGUGUUCGGGGAACAAGCUAUCAGCGCUAAAGUGUUCUAUCUUUGUUUACAUCUAAUGAGGGAUAAACACAAAUUAUAACUAUGGUUGUUACUAAACUAUUGUUAAACCGGAUUAGCCGGUGUUGCCGUGUAAACGCAAUCAAUAAAGUGAGAUAAAAGUCGAGUUACAACUCCGGGUAACGUUUGACGCUCUUGGAUACUCGGUGAAAAAUCAGACCGACGACUCAAACUCGAGCGAGCACACCUGAAGCUGAGUCUCAAUGACUUUGAAUACUCUCACUUUUUUAUUUUACAGUCCAAAACACGCGAAGACUAAUAUUUAACGCAGUUGGAUGUCGUUGGAACGACUCCAAGCACUAUCCCCUCAACGGAUAAGAAUGGAAAAUAGAAAAAAAUAGAAAAAGUGUGAUUAAAACGUUAAAAAAGA